UUUUUUCAGAAGAAUUGUUAAGCUGCAGACAAUGGUGAAAGUUUUGUUCCUCGUGCUGUGCUCAGGAAUUUUGCAGUUUUCAUUCGCUGCAAACCGUCUGCGAUACUUUAGUUAUACAGAAAAUGACCUUAACUGGACUAAGGCAAAACAACACUGUGUUGAAAACGGGGGAUCAUUACUGAGUCUUUUUGAUGAAGAGGAUGAGAUGAUGAUGAUUAAUUUCACUAGCUCAACAGAAGGCCCUGGGUUUUGGCUUGGCCUGAAGAAGAAGGAUAAUAAUACUCUCUUUUGGUCAAAUGGAGAAGCCGUCCAGUUUAACAACUCAACAGUAAACAUUACAAAUGUAGAUCAACUCUGUGAAGCUUUUGAAAAAGGUUCAUGGAUGGGUUUUAAUUGUUCUGAAAAAAAGGCUUUCAUGUGUGAAAAUGGUGGAAAUUUUACCCUUGUUCACGAUGUUGAGAAAAACUGGUGCCAAGCAAUGCAACACUGCAGAACACAUUUCACUGAUUUAGCGAGUAUCAUGAAUGAACAGCAAAAUGACGACCUGCGACAAAAAAGUCAAGAAAAAAACGUUUGGAUUGGGCUUCAGCAUGAUUACUAUGAAUGGGCAGACAACAGUUGUUCAACAUACGGUUCAAAGUUCAAAGUGGAUCAGAGGAGUCCUGAACAAUGUAUCUCUUUAAAUAACGAUGGAAUAAAGCUUACUUGGAAUCAAAUGAAGUGUGAUAAUAUAAAACCAGUCAUUUGUUAUAAAGGCCGUGUGAGAAUCAGAGUAAUCAAGGAGCCCAAAACUUGGGAGGACGCGCUGGAUUACUGUAAAACCAGACAUUCACGCCUUCUAUGGAUUGAGGAUGAGGAGGACCAGAAAGCUGUCGAACAGUGGCUGAAUUUCAUUUACGCUGAUUCUUCGAAGCGUUUGUGGAUCGGUCUGAGGCAGAGUUCUGUCUUUGGGUUCUGGAUUUGGAGUGACCGAAUUGUGAACUAUAAGAACUGGGAGAAUGGAAAACAGCCUGAGAUGCCUUUGUCCAAUCAUUGUGGUGUGAUCGAUGCUGAAACCUACAAAUGGAGUGAUGAAAGUUGUAAGCAUAAUCUACCUUUCCUUUGUGAGGAGGAUAUAAUAUACAUGAAGACCUCAAAUUACAGCUUCAUUCAUACGUUGGGCAUCAAUCAGCAGUAGAAAGUCUAAUGAUGUCAUGUUAACCUAUCUGUCUAUUUCUCUCUCUCUGUCAUUGGUGGGUUUGGUUCUAUGCUUAGGUGUUUUUUAUUAUGUCAUGUAAUCAGUGUCCGAAUUUUGAUCCAUAUAUUUAAGUCUCUAAUGUAUUUCCAAAAGCAACAUUUAACCUGAAUCAGUUCAGUAUGUGAAAUGUUUUGCCUUUUUUUUUUUCUGUUGUGCCAUCUUUGACAGGAGAAGCUUCCAGGUCUGUCUGCUAGUAUUUGUGCAAGAGAUUUUGUGUUGCCUUUUUGCUUGUUUUCCAAAUCAAAUAUUUCAAGUGAUUAAAAUUUAGAUCAUUAUUUUUUAAACUGACAGUUUGUCGAUUUUUUUAAAACUUAUGCACUAUAUGUUUCACAUGCUCACAAAUAUUGUAUUUGCUUAAAAACCAGAAUGCUUC